GUAAGUGGUAACAUUGUUCAAAGUAAUUUGGGCAAGUUGGAUUCUUAGCUUAUUUUAUUUUAACUGUGAGUCAACAUAUAAACUUAAAAAUUUCAUAGCAGUUUUCAAAAAGAUAAAAAUGGCAGAGCAUUUCGUUUGGGGAACAUGUAUGGACGGCGAGGUAGAGAUCAUAUCCUACGAUGAUGAAAAACAUCGAGAACAAUCAAUGGAAGUACUGAGGAGGUCAUUUUUCAAGAAUGAGGCCGUUGCCAUCGGAUCUGGAAUCAAAGAUGACUUACAAGCGCAAAAAGACUUAGAACACCUUUGCUCAGAGGCGGGACAAGGAGGAGUGUCCCUGAUUGCCAAACACAUUCCAAGUGGUGAAAUAGUUGGCGUUUCAUUCAAUGGACUUCAGACUCGUCCUAUUCCUGGUGAAAUUAAUUACAUCGCACAGUUUCGCGACAAUCAUUGCUUUUCCGAAAGUUCGAAGAGUGGCUUAAAUUAUAUGUUAACCAUGGACACGAAAGUGAAUCUGUUUGAGAGGUUCAAUAUCGACUGCCUCCUUGAGAUCAUGUUUCUCUCAACACUGAUAGAAUACGAAGGAAAAGGAAUCGCAACGAAGCUUGUUUCCUAUUCCGUAGAUUUGGCGACGGCCCUGAGCAAAGGCCAGGCACCGGAAUGUCUACCGGAAGAUGCAAGACAGAUGAGGCCAAAGUUGGUGUCGGCCCUGUUCACCUCACGAAUCUCGCAGCGAGUUGGUGCCAAGAAUGGCUUCAGCGUAGUCCACGAAGUACCAUACGAUGAGUUCAGUUUUCAGGGCAAAACUUACGCCGAACGGAUUGGUCCAGAUCAUCCGACGUCAAUUCUGGUUGUGAAAGAAAUUUGAAAACGGAUAAAUUAUGUUACACAAAUUUUUAUAAUCAUGACCUUGGUUCAAAAAUUCGAACGGUUGAUAUUAUGUUCAUUCAGGUUUAUGAUUUGGGAAAAGUAUAAAAAAAUAAACCAUAAACUACUACUUCAAUCUUAUGAAAAAACAUUAACUGAACUUUUGAACUUAAUUUUUAUGAUCCUAACGAAUUGAUAAACUAGUUUAUUUGUUCAGAUGUUUUUUUUUCUGUCAUUUUAAUUAAACUAUACAAUGCAAUGAA